CUCGCGACUCAUCGGCGCAAGUCUCAUCUCAGUUAUCUUCAGUGUGACGUUUACCGCGAUACUGCUUGUUGGGUUGUUGUCUGGCACAACAUAUGUCUGCGCAAAUGUCAUACACGUACAGGGGUCUUGUUGUCCCUGUGUUAACACCUUUCCACGACGAUGGAUCUCUCAACUUGAACGCUAUACCAAAAUAUGCAACUUAUUUAGCUGAGAAGGGAGUCAAGGGCAUUCUUGUUAAUGGCACAAGUGGCGAAGGCACGUCAAUGUCGGUUGCCGAGAGAAAACUUGUCACUGAAUCCUGGGUAAGAGCAGUAAAGAAAACACAACAGCAUCUGAUGAUUCAGAUAGGAGGGGCUCCUCUUCCCGAUGUUCUCGAGCUUGCGAGACACGCGGAGAGCAUGCGUGUUGAUUCGGUGCUUUGCUUGCCAGAGUUAUAUUUCAAACCUGAUACCGCUGAACAAUUGAUCGAGUAUUUGAAAACAGUCGGCGAAGCAGCACCAAAUACUCCAUUGCUAUAUUACCACAUUCCCAUGUUCACUAACGUUAAUAUAAAUAUGGGACAAUUUCUGGAAACAAUUGGCGAUAAAAUACCCUCAUUUGUGGGCAUAAAAUUCACCAGUAACAACUUGGAAGAAGGUGCGCGAGCACUGCGCGCCAAUAACGGAAAAUACGUUGUUUUUCUUGGUAAUGACCAGUUAAUAAAGACCGCACGCGAAAUUGGAAUGGAUUCCUUCAUACUGACUAGCAUAAACAUGUUCCCCGAAAUUGUGAUGGAUAUUUUGGCUGCUGAUAAAGAAACGCAAGAAACGCUAGCUACGAGUUUGCAAGAAAAACUUUCGAAAAUUGUGACUGCUAUUACGAAUCACGGCAAUUGGGUACAGACUAUGAAAGCGGCGAUGGCUCUCCUCACUGAUAUACCUGUAGGUCCGCCUCGUGCACCGCUCACUCCUAUUUCUUCCGCAGCUUUGGAAAUCAUGACAAAAGAUUUGAGAAGUCUCGGAUACAAAGUUUAAACAUCGGCUAAACAUAUUUUUUAACAACACACGCAAUAUGUUACGUACAUGAAGAUGAUGGUGUGAACUAAUUACUUUUUUCUUGAAAUAACAGAUUGUAGACGAA